AUGUCGAGCAACUUUGAGCAGAUAUCUCCAAGCUUAACGGUUCAGCCGCUUGAUGUUCCCGUUUUACCUGCGAGCGGCAACACCACACGUGGACUAUCGGCACGUGCGUCUCCUUCAAAUCAGCGGGAUUUGUCUGGUGGGACGGGUGUGUUUGCAAACUUUUUUGAUGAAAUGGCCGAGGCACCAAGUUACCACCAUUCGGCUUCACUCAGGCCAGAUGUAAUACAAUCUCCAACUUUUGGCGGACAACUUCCUGAUGAUAACAUAACGAUAGAAAAUAAAUCUGUAAUAUUUUCGAAUGAUGAUGAUGAUCAUUAUGAACAAGCCCCAACUUUUCCUAUGCAGGCCUUCUUUACUUCAUGUGCAGAUGAUGAUCUCGCUAUACUAAAUCAAUUUGGGGAUUUGCAUAGACGAGACCAACUUAAGCCGGAUUGUGGCGUCAUGAAUUAUUAUUAUGUGAGCUCAAUUUACUCUUAA